AUGGCUCUAAAGUUUCCCAUGAAGUUUAUAGAGUUGGUGAUGAGUUGUGUUACUACUCCAAGGUUUUCAUUCAUGAUCAAUGGGGCUCUAAAUGGUUAUCUUCAUUCAAAUAGAGGUUUAAGACAAGGGAAUCUAAUGUCCCCCUUGCUCUUUGUAAUAGGAUUGGAAUAUCUCUCAAGAAUUCUGGUUAAAGUAGCUCAGCAAACUGAUUUCAAGUUUCAUCCAAGGUGUGAAAGCCUAAAGCUUACCCAUCUUUGUUUGGCGGAUGAUUUGUUAUUGUUUAGUAAAGGAGAUUUCAAGGCUAUCCAUUUAAUGUUAAGAGGCUUCAUUUUUUCAGGAUUGCAAGCAAACAAAUGGAAAUUUGCCAUAUAUGGUGCGGGGUUGAAGGUGGAGGAUUGGGCUCAGCUUACUGGAUGA